AUGUGGUCCAGUCUCUGCUGGGUGAUUAGCCUGAUGCUAUUCUCUUGGGCGCCGCCUCCGCCUCCUAGUACCAAGAAGCUAGAUGGAGAAGAUGUCAGUGAAUUUGACGAUGCCGAUGAGGGCCCUGUCGAAGUCGCUUUCGAGGGCGUGCUGUCGGACUGGAAGAAAGCAGAGCCCCUUGCCCGCGGGCUCUCUCGAUGUUUCUACGACACCCCAACGCAUCCCCAAGCUCAAGGUCGUCGGCUUGCCAUCAGCCUUCUAAAAUGUCUCCGCGGUGGACUUCUACUAGGAGGCUUUAUCGAGCUGGCUGCUAUGCUGACAGCCGCCCUCCCGCCCAUUAUCUUGCGUUGGCUUCUCGUAGCCUUACCAGAACCUACCAAAAACGCCAAAGUCUCAACAGCGGAUGGGACUUUGCAAGGUCAGCGGGAGAGCCACAAUGCCCGGAUGGCACAUAGCUACGCUCUUGUCGCAGCCAUGACACUCACACAGAUGGCUGCUGGCAUCCUCAUCAACGCCUCGCGAUACAGACUCGAAGGUGUUGGAGCCCAGGCAAAGGCUGCCCUCACGUACAUCAUCAUGGACAAGGCCUUCCUGGCACCGCCCUCUUCGGCGGCAAUUGUCUCAUCUCAAACAGGCCAAGAAUCAAAGAGAAGGGCAAAACGACAAAUCUGGAACUCCGGCGCCGUCUUCAAUCUCGCAUCCGUGGAAGCAUCGCGCAUAGAGGAUUGCAUCAGCGGUAUCAACGCUAUCUGGACUGUACCGGCUAGCUUUGUUCUCGCGAUCCCCAUGUUGGCCGCGAAUAUAGACAGUUCAUCGCUAGGUGGCAUGGUGGUCUUGCUCCUAGGCCUCCCCAUCUUCACCAACGUCGCUCUCCGCAUCUGGGGCGAGCAAAAGGAUCUCAGCGGACUCUGCAGACGACGAGCAGCCUGCACGCAGCAAGUCAUCCAAGGCAUCCGCGGGAUCAAACUCGCGGGGUGGGCUUCCCAGACCAUGGUCCUAAACAAGUUGUGCGGGAUGAGGGUGGUGGAGAUGGUCACGGCAAGCCGAUUAUGGCACAACCGCGCGGUGCUCGAAGCGGCGUGCGCCCUAUUGCCGACAUUGGCCUCAAUGGCGAGUCUCAUCCUCUAUCACACGCUCCACGAGGGCGUACCCGAUCCAGCAAAGGCUUUCUCAUCCUUUGCUCUGUUCUUAGCGCUCAAACCACAUGUGAACCGCGCAGCACAGGCUGCAGUGCAGUUGCAGGAUUUACUGGUGGGAUGCCGCGCAAUUGAGCAGUGGUUAGAGACGGAAGAGCCUGGAGAAACGAUGGCGAAUUCCGCAGACUGGGCAGUUGACAUAGCUCAGGACACAGUGGUUUGCUGGCCAGCUACAACUGAAGAUGGCGAUUUCGUACUGUCUUUUGACACCAAUAUUCAGGUCACGAAAGGUGAGCUGAUAGCUGUCUGUGGUGCGCCUGGAUCUGGUAAAUCAUCUCUCCUAUGUGCAGUCGCAGGUCAAAUGUGCCUUGAUUCUGGCGGCUUAGAACUGGGCAUCGGGUCAAAGGUGGCCAUGGCUGGUCAGAUACCAUGGCUAAGGAAAGGAACGAUCCGCAGCAAUAUCCUCUUCGACCAAAAGUUCGACGAGGUCAGAUAUUGGAAAGUGGUCAGCGCUUCAGCUCUCCUGGGCGAUAUCGACAGAAUGCCUCGCAGGGAUCUCACUAUUAUUGGCUCCGGAGGCCAAGGUCUCUCAAGCGGCCAAGCUCAACGUGUCAGUCUGGCCCGAGCCAUGUAUUCGGAUGCUGACAUUGUCCUCAUUGACGAUUGUCUCCGCAAUCUUGACCCUGCAACAGGAAAGGCAGCGUUUGAAGGUGGAAUUUGCAGCUUGUUGGAGAACAAAACGCGCCUGAUCGCAACAAACCAGGCUUGGGUGGCCCGCCGAUGUGACCGGGUGCUGUGGCUCGACAAUGGACGUGCCAGCGAGCUGAGGUCUCUGGAUAGACUUGAACAACACUUACCAUCCAUCGGAACGGACGAGUCUCCUCAGACCAAGACGAUGCAACCGCUACCAGAACAGCCCUCAUCGCAUGCGGAUGCAGUACAAGUAGCAGGCCCGACUACUACACGUGCCUCUGUUGUAACAGCACCACAAGCAAAUGCUAGAGUACAAAAGUCCUUCGACUGGUACCUGGAACUCGUGGGUGGCCCAAGAGCAACGUCCACAGCAGCAGGCAUUGUCUUUUGCUGGCAAGUAACCGCCGCCGUCCUCGUGCUUUGGCUUUCACUGUGGACUUCUGAUCGGUUAGGGCUGUCGGGUCUCGCGUCAGUAGCAAUCUUCGCUAUGCUAGGAUUUGGAGAGGCGAUACUGGCGUAUGUGCUGUGCCUGAACAUCACGGGAAAGAUGUUGCAAGCGAGCCAUAGCCUGUGGGAGCGAUCAGUGAGACGUGUGGUCGGGGCACCCAUGAGGUUCUUCCAAAGCCACUCCUUGGGAAGCAUCAUGGAUCGCCUCUCCAAAGAUGUAGAUACGACCGAUAGAGAGCUGAUCGAGGCAACGCGCAAUGCCACCCUCCAUCUGGCGCGCCUAUUGGGUGGAGUUGCCCUGAUGUUGGCAAUGCAGAUCAAUCUUGUCCUUGUUGUAGUACCAGGCCUAGCCGCCGUCGUCAUUAUGAUGCGCCGUUACGCUCCUCGUUUGAAGACAGCUCGAUCUCGCGAAGCUGAGUUACGGUCCCGUGUGAACGCUGCAUUCAGCGAGAGCGUGGACGGCGCUAGCUGCAUCUCUGUUUACAAGACCGAAAUAUCGGCUCGGUCCCUUCUAGUCAAACGGCUGAACGCUUGGAGUAAUAUCCGCUUGCUGGCCGCCGCAAACCUACGCUGGCUUGAAGUGAGACUUGAUGCUAUCGUGGCCAGUACUAUUGGGCUCACGGGUCUAUUUGUAGUGACUGCCUCAGGUUCAUUAUCUCCUUCUAUCAUUGGCCUGAUAAUGAGUCAAGCGUUGGUGCUACCGGCAUCCCUGAGACAAGGCAUGAGAUUCUCUACGAGCGCCCUUCAGUCAAUGGUCGCAGUUGACCGCCUGGCAGCUUAUGCAACCAGUCUACCUCGUGAGGGCGAGACGGAGCGUGCCUUGGGUUACCGCUUUUCUCUCGAGCAAUCGUGGCCGAACUCCGGGGAGAUAGUUGUUCGGAACAUGAGUGUCUCUCACCGUCAAGAAAAUCUCCAGGAGACAUCCUCUGCUCUGCAGCAAAUAUCUUUCACCAUCCCAGGCGAUACGCAUGUUGCGGUUGUAGGACCUACGGGUGGAGGUAAAUCGACUCUUGUCGCCCUACUACUCCGCUUACUCGAUCCCACGAUGGGCACCGUCACCCUGGAUGGCAUACCAAUGGUGGACAUUCCGUUACAUGUCUUGAGGUCCCAUCUCGUUGCAGUCCCUCACGAUGCCGCCUCAUUUCCCAGUAGCACUGUCCGAGAGGCUGUCGAUCCAGAAACCAGUCAUUCUCGUGACGAAAUCAGUCGUCUACUGUCGGAUUUGGACAGGGUGGCCGGGCUGCACAGUCAGGUUCCUCUCGUACUCGACAAGCUUGUUGACGAGCAGGUCGCUCAAGGAACAGGGAGGGCACAACUGAUUGCCUUAGCGUCCAUGAUACUUCAGAAACCACGGGUAUGUGUGCUGGACGAGACUCUGGGAGGAUUUAGCGUCCAAGCGGAUGUUGAAAUUACGAAGAUGGUAAAAGAGACACUGAAGGGUAGUACAAUGAUAGCGGUCACGCAUCGCAUGGAGUCUGCUAUGCUUUUUGAUCGAGUGCUCGUCCUUGACCAGGGCAGGAUAGAGGCCUAUGGAGACAUCAUGGCUGUGUGGAAUAACAGUGUGUUUUUUAGGAAGGCGUGCGAUAGAGACGGAGUCACACUCGAAAAGAUUAGGAGAUUUAGAAUAGAGAAUUAA